UGUAAACAAGCAGAAGGGAGAAGAAGGUCAGAGGCGAACAGAAAGGGAAGAAGAAGGGACUCUUGUGUCCGUUCUGGAUGCUGGAAACAUCAAACCCAGGAAAGUGAUUAUUCCCUUCUGUUAGACUGAAGACAUCUGCAGAUCAAAGGAAGUGUGUUUUGCAGCACGGGAAUAUCACCAUUCAAACUGCUGGUUUGGAUUUGAUCCAGGAUGCAGUCCUACCUCGCUUUGCUGCUAGGGGUCGUGGCCUCUGCUGCUUCAGCAGAAUGGAGGCGUCCGCUGAUCAAGUUCAACUCUAAGGUGGUGGUGAGUUCUGAGGUGGUGGUCAGACCUGGGACCCCUCUGGAUCUGAGGUGUGAGGGUGACAGACCUGUAAACUGGCAAACAAGGCUUGCCAAACACAGACGCUUCGUGUCCAAGGGCAACGGGAACGUCCGCACCUUAAUGGUUGAACGUCCCUCUGCAGAAUUCACCGGAACAUACAAGUGUGUUUACACUACUGGGUCACAGCAACUGACCUCCUCAGUACAUGUGUACGUAAAAGAUCCAAACCGUGUGUUCUGGACCAGCAGCACGUCCCUGCGGGUGGUAAGAAAGGAGGGUGAGGACUACCUGCUGCCCUGCCUGCUGACCGACCCAGCAGCCACAGACCUGGGCCUCCGUAUGGACAAUAGCACCUCCGUGCCGCCAGGCAUGAACUUUACAGUUGACCGGCACCGUGGUAUUCUCAUCCACAGGCUCCACCCCAGCUAUAAUGCUGACUAUGUCUGCACGGCCAGGGUCAACGGAGUGGAGAAGACCUCCAAGGCCUUUUCCAUCAACGUCAUUCAGAAGCUUCGUUUCCCUCCAUAUGUCCUCUUGGAGAUGGAUGAAUAUGUGCGCAUUGUUGGGGAGGAACUCAAGAUUCGCUGCACAACACACAACCCUAACUUCAACUACAAUGUCACCUGGAAACACACCACCAAGUCGAAACCAACGAUCGAGGAGAGGGUUCGCUCCAGUGGAGAAAACCGCCUGGACAUAAAGAGCAUACUGACGAUCUCUGCUGUGGACCUUGCAGACACAGGAAACAUUUCCUGUACGGGCACUAAUGAAGCAGGGGUGAACAGUUCAACGACAUACCUGCUGGUCGUAGACAAAGCCUAUAUCAGGCUGUUGCCCCAGCUGUCCCCUAAACUGGCCCACCAGGGUCUUUCACUGGAGGUGAACGAGGGAGAGGAUCUGGAGCUCACCGUGGUCAUCGAAGCGUACCCUCACAUUACAGAGCACAGAUGGCACACGCCAACAUCUCCCAGCACGUCCACACAGGUGCACAAGCUCAUCAGAUACAACAACAGAUACCAUGCUACUCUGCAGCUUAAGAGAAUGAAUACACAGGAGCAAGGGCAAUACACCUUCUAUGCCAGGAGUGAUUUGGUCAAUGCAUCCAUCACAUUCCAAGUCCAAAUGUAUCAGAGGCCUGUUGCUGUGGUUAGAUGGGAAAACAUAACCACACUCACAUGCACCUCAUUUGGCUAUCCUGCUCCCAGAAUCAUCUGGUACCAGUGUUUUGGGAUACGGCCUACGUGCAAUGGAAACAACACAGGGCUGCAGCUGGCGAUUCCUCUGCAGGCUCCCACAGUGGAGGUCCAGAGGGAGGAGUACGGGGCCGUGGAGGUGGAGAGCGUCCUCACCGUGGGGCCCUCCAGCCGGAGGAUGACGGUCGAGUGUGUGGCUUUCAACCUUGUCGGUAUCAGCAGCGACACUUUUGCCAUGGAGGUUUCUGACAAACUCUUCACUUCCACCUUGACUGGAGCAGCAGGCAUUCUGGCCAUCCUCCUUGUGCUACUAGUUUUUCUGUUAUACAAAUAUAAGCAGAAACCCAGGUAUGAGAUCCGUUGGCAGAUCAUUGAGGCAAGAGAUGGAAACAACUACACCUUCAUUGACCCCACUCAGCUGCCUUACAAUGAGAAGUGGGAGUUCCCAAGAGACAAGCUGAAGCUAGGAAAGAUCCUGGGUGCAGGAGCUUUUGGAAAGGUCGUCGAGGCCACAGCCUAUGGUCUGGGAAUGGAGGAGGAUGCUUUGCGUGUAGCUGUGAAAAUGUUAAAAGCCAGUGCCCAUUCAGAUGAGAGGGAAGCUCUGAUGUCUGAACUGAAGAUCCUGAGCCACCUGGGACACCACAAGAACAUUGUCAAUCUACUGGGAGCAUGCACCUAUGGAGGGCCAGUGCUUGUGAUCACAGAGUACUGCAGCCUCGGUGACCUCCUGAACUUCCUUCGCCAGAAGGCAGAGACAUUUGAGAACUUUGUAUUGAGUGUUCCCGACAGUUUGGAGGACUCUAAUGACUACAAGAACGUCUGCAGUCAGAAACAAUUCAUUAGAAGUGACAGUGGGAUCUCCAGUGCAUCUUCAAGCAGUUACUUAGAGAUGAGACCCAGCAGGGUGCCAAAUGUGGAAUCAUCUCCAGACUCUGUAUGUGAGGAGACUGGUGACUGGCCACUGGACAUUGACGACCUGCUGAGGUUUUCCUUUCAAGUGGCUCAGGGCCUUGACUUUCUGGCUGCCAAAAACUGUAUUCAUAGGGACGUGGCUGCCAGGAAUGUCCUCUUGACCAACCGCAGAGUGGCCAAGAUUUGUGACUUUGGCCUGGCACGUGACAUCAUGAAUGACUCCAACUACGUGGUGAAAGGCAAUGCUCGUCUGCCAGUGAAGUGGAUGGCUCCAGAAAGCAUCUUUGACUGUGUCUACACCAUACAGAGUGACGUCUGGUCCUAUGGUAUCCUCCUGUGGGAGAUCUUCUCUUUAGGCAAGAGCCCCUACCCCAGCGUGGCUGUGGACUCCAGGUUCUACAAGAUGGUGAAGCGUGGCUACCAGAUGUGCCAGCCAAACUUUGCCCGGGCGGAGAUCUACAUGAUCAUGAAGAUGUGCUGGAAUCUGGAGCCGACAGAGCGUCCAACGUUUAGCAAGAUCAGUCAGAUGAUAGAAAGACUACUCGGGGACCAACCUGAGCAGGAGCAGCUAAUCUACCAGAAUGUGCAGCAGCAAGUCACAGAGGGUGAAGUGUGUGACGAGCCCAAGUCGUGCGACGGCCCCUGUGACCAGUCUUGUGACCGCGAGGAAGAGGAGCAGCCUUUGAUGAAGACCAACAACUACCAGUUUUGUUGAAAGCCCUGACCGCCAAUCAAUCAGUAAAUCACUCAUCAACAAGCAUCAGGAAAGUGGGAUCAGCUGUAGUUCGAUGCCAGAGUACCGCAGCUUGUUCUUACCGCCGGACAGUCGCAGAGAGUCACAGCUAUUUUUUGCCUGUUGUGCCUGCUCGCCAGACAGACAAGCAGCUGCAGCAAGCAUGUGACUUGCUUCUUUGCAGACCAUGACUAGAAAUUCCCAGACAUGAAAGGAGGAAACAUGUCAAACAAACUAUCCUUUCCAGAGGCAUAGCACAAAAUUCUGGACCCUGUACGCAGGAAUUCUAUACGGGCCCCUCCCCGCAUCCACAGCUAUUCAUCUUUGUGGGCCUUCCUCACACGAAGUCCCUGUAUUCACAGUACCCUACUUCCCCCAACUUAUAUGCCCCUGGUCUUUUUCUUUUGAGAGUGUUCUUAGUUCAAUUUUGUCCGCUGUGUAUUUUUUUCUUCUACUGCCCCAUGAUAGUGGAUGCCUUGUUAUUGUAGAGAUUUCGGUCAGGUUUACUGCCUUUUCAUCAUGUAUGGUCGCUCCGAGGAAAGAAAUCUAGCAGUCACACUGGAUCCACAACAACAACAACUACUGUGUUACUACUCAUCUUUAUGUGCUCUAGACAAGUUAGGUUUUAUUCUCCGAUCACCUUAAUUAAACAUCUAAACAGUGCAAGUGUUUUCCCCUCUUUUUAACGUUUUAAAUCCACCGUGGAGAAGGCAAAGAAAGGCCAUGUUGUUUUCCUCUCUGUGCUUUGGUCAUAGCUGUAUUUCUUGUAACACAGUUAUAGCAGCUGUCACUUGGUGGCAACAUGUGAUUGUUCCCCUUCAAUCUAAUUAAUUAAGCAGUGUUCAGUGUUCAGUGAUUUAGGAGCAGGGGAUGCAACUGAACUGAGCAGGGAAAUCUGUGGAUCCGAACAAUGUUCCAUGUUUUACGAUGUGAACGUUUAGUUUUUGUUUGUUUUUUUUGCGGGGCACAACUUAAUAUUCUGGUUUCCUGUAGCGUUAGAAUGUAAGCUUUACCAGUGUCUAUAUGUAGCUGUCAGCCUUCACUGCCAACUGUUUGAAGAUUUUAGAAUAACAUAUAAGCUAUGCGAGAGAUGCAGACUGCAGAUUUGUGUGAAUUCAGGCAUUUCAAAUGUGCUUGCAUCUGAAUGAAACACGAGUGAGAUGUCUGAUAAUGUAUAUAUCUCAUUAUGUAAAUCAAGAAUUAUCUAUACUUUAGCUGGAAUGUCGUAGAGUACAUAGUAGUACAUCAAUAUUAUAUACAGUGUGUGUUUUUGUGUGCAAAUGAGACGAUCAGUGCAAAAGCUGCAAAUUAAAUUACUGAAAAACUUUGAAUGAAGCUUAACUGUUGAAACUGAGAAAGUGAAGUUUUAAAAUAUGCUUAUGAUUCUGUGUAUGAUUAUGAUUAUGAUGUGGUGCCAGAUAUUUCUAAAACCACGGUUCUCUUUGUUGUACCUCACUGAGUUAGAGUGGGAAUGUGCUGCCUUUGUGUUCUUCUCUCCUCACUUCCUAUUUCUGGAACUUUUCCCACAGUAUCUGUCAACAUUGCACAACUCUGAAAUCUUCGUAGGGAAGUAUUCCUGCCAGAGACGAUGAAAAGUCAAAACAAGCUUUUUCUCCUUUGUGUGGUUUCAGCUAAAAUCGCAUUUCUUUUUUUUGAAGUAGCUCGCCACUUUCUGACUCUGUGUGGGGGGCCAGACCCUCUGAGGUACAUUCUGUUUGGUUAUCCAUCAAGAAACUGAGAUAUGACUGAGCUUCAGUAAAGCAUAAUAAUCUCCACAGAGCUUUCUUUGCUUUGCUCUGUUGUUUCCUUCAGCUGCCAAUUUCUUGAUUCAUUCUUCAUUUCUUCAGAUCACUUGUCAAUUCCAUGAUCUUAUUAAAAAACAAACAUUGCUGGG